CCGUGGUCGGUAAUAGAGUUUGCAGCGCGCCUCGCACAGCCAAUCACUUGGCUAGACUCAGGUCAGCCUUUUUGCCGGAGUUUGGAGCCUGAGCUCAGAGCGAUUUUGUGCGUAAAAUCUACCUGUCAGACUCCGGCUUGUGCGCGCUGCAGUGUCAUGCCAGGCGGAACGCGCAGAGGAAGCUCUGUUCUCUCACACACGGAAUAACUUCCCGAUGCUGAUUAAAAUCGCACUGGCAAUUUCCCAAAUAACUGAUAAUGUGAAGUAGAGAGGUGGGUUCGUCCGUCUCCAUCGACUUUAGCUGCAAGCGCCGAGGGAUGAUGCUGAAUAAGUCUGCGGGAGAAUCUUGCACUACAGCUUUUAGAGGCCAGGAAUGCCAUCUACUUCCUAGAGACGGUGCUUAAUGUAUCUAUAUGACAGAAGAAGUGAAAAAUCAUCAUCGAGAUUGCGCUUACAUCUGCCAGAUUUCCAUAUCUUUCUGGACUCUAUCCUCUCUGAUCUGCCAGACGUUUGAACCUGCCCGCCCACCAUGGAGAGCCUGAGCGAGCUGCAGAACCCUCUGCUAGAGAAGACCAGCAGACAUGUGGUCCACAAUGACUACCAGGGCUACCAGUGCGACUACCCGAGCCACCCUUACCAUGACAGCUUGAUCGGCUACUUCUACACCGGAACCAAUGGCAAGAAUAAGACUCAGCAGUACCUGGAUGCCACCUCCCUGCACCUGGCAGUGGAGGCCUUCUACAGACCCAACUUUAUCCUGUACAAGGACGAUAUCAGUCUUCACAGCAAGGACUCCAAGAGCGAGAGCUUUGAGACAACCUUCACAGAGAGUAAGGACGCUGUGUUGGAUGGAGUUUCUGCAGACCACAUCCUGGAUAACAUUCAAGGAGAGAAGGAUGUGAAGAUCCAGACGGUGUCCUACGAGGUGGAGGAGGAGCAGGGUCAUGAGUAUGAGACUGACAGCUCCAGUGACAGUGAGAGUGAGGACAACUUCAUCGUGCUGCCCCCGAGGGACCACCUGGGCCUGGCCAUCUUCUCCAUGCUCUGCUGCUUCUGGCCCUUGGGCAUUGUUGCCUUUUACUACUCUCACAAGACCGGCAAGGCCAUCGCUAAGGGAGACUUCUCCAGAGCGGGCAUGAGCUCCAGGAGAGCCCUUUUCCUGGCUGCUCUUUCCAUCACCAUCGGAACAGGGAUGUAUGUGGGGGUGGUUGUGGCUCUCAUAGCCUACCUGUCCAAGCCCGGACACGUAUAGCAUUUGCUGGGUGGGGGGAGAGCGAGUGAGAGUGGGUAGAGAGAGUGAGAGAAUAAGAGAGGGAGCGAGAGAGCGUGUGAGAAAGAGAGAAAAUUUGGAUAGAUCCCUUCACUUAAGCCACCCUAAAGGCAUGUUCCCUUUCGCCUGUGCUGUUGCCUGGAUGUCUGGGAAGCGGAGCAGCUAUGUGGAGAGAAAAGACUAAACACAGAAAGAAAGAAGAGAUAAACAAGGCGCGUCUGCGGAUGGAGUAUUACUUGGACUGCAUACUUAUUGAUGUGCAUCAAAUCGUUAUUUCAGGGACGCAGCACUCCCAUCAAGAUAUUCCAUCACAACUAAAGCAAAAGGACAGGGGGAAAUAUUGGAAAAGAGAGACGACUCCACCACAAAGACUGUGUUGUACUUACAAGUUAGACAAAAAAAAACUGAUCUCAUAGCAGUAACAAAACUACCUACCUUUUACCACUUGACAUUAUCCUCUGUUGUUUUCAUGUCACCUCUGUAUGUAUUCUCUGUCAAUACUAUUGCAGAUAGUGUAGUGUUUACGCUGUAAAUGAGAUCCAAGCGGGGGAAAAAAAAAAAUCCUUUGAGUGUCUACAUGAUUGUUUAUUCAAGAAAAAUCCCAGAAAUUGAACAGGUCAGUAAACAGAAUAAAGAAAAGGAGGGAGCAGUGGGCUGUUAAUGGAAAAAGAACAAAGGCAAUUGUCAGAGAGUGUACGCAAAGCUGCUGAGCAGUGGUCAAGAGGUUAAUUUGUGUUUCUUGUGUACUGUAAAUUUCAUCAAUAAAUACAUUUGGCAUGAAUAAUGAGCCAUCCUA